AGAAAGGAGGAGGAGAUAUAAGAAAGUGACUUUUCUGCCAAGGAUGAACGAAACAGAAGCAGCAGCUGUUGCUGCUUUUCAGCAACUUCCAGCGAGAUGCCCUUUCCAAGCAGCUCUUCCAGGACCCAACGGCACAAACUGAUAUUGACAGGGACCAUGGUUGUUGCAGUUGUAUUAAUGACUGCUGUGUUGCUUGCUGUGCUCCUACCUGGAAGGAAAGGAUCCCCUAGCUCAGAAGUAUUGCAGUGGGAAGGCAAAGGGACCACGAAACAGCUGCAUGAAAUCGUCUUGGGGAGAUGUUACAACUACAUUGCCAUAGUGAAUCCUGAGCUCAGAGACAAAGACUGCCUCAAAAUUUGGGAGCUAUUUCAAAAUGCCUUUAUGUACAAGCACCCAUGCAGGGUGACAGAGGAAGAUUUCCAGCCUCUGAUGGACCUGGCCAGACAAUCCAUCCCAUGUAACAAGUCACUGUUUUGGAGCAAGACAAAAGACCUUGUACACCGUUACACAAAAACUAAUCGUGAUUUCCUCACAUUGGAAGACACCUUGCUAGGCUACAUGGCAGAUGGGCUCUCAUGGUGUGGAGACCCCUCCAGCCCAGGAGUCAACUAUGAAUCUUGCCCCGAAUGGACUGAGUGUGAGAAUAACCCUGGUUCAAUGUACUGGAAAAUGUCAUCCAAGAUGUUUGCAGAAGCAGCUUGUGGUAUAACUCAAGUGAUGCUUAAUGGGUCCAUAGAAGCUGGAGCAUUCAGAAACAACAGCAUUUUUGGCAGUGUUGAAGUUGUUAACUUAAAUCCGAAUAAAGUCUCCAAGAUGCAAAUUUGGCUUAUGCAGGACAUUGAUGGACCACAAAGGUGCACAAUGUCGGCUGAAAAUAAGCAACAGCCUCUUAAGAAGCCAGAAUUCAGCAAACAGCAAGCCACUGAAUUGGUCCAAAAGAUAUUCGGAUUAACUGUGUCAGAGCUCAAACCAUUGCCGAGCUAUGAUGAUCAGAAUUUCUACGUGUGUGCUGCUGCUGCUGCACUCGAAGGGAAAGCAGAGUGCGCCCAGAAUUUUGUCCUCAAAAUAACCAAUUGUGAAGACAGCCAGAACUCUGAACUCAUCGAGGUGCAGACCCGGGUCAUGAUAUUCCUGAAUGGCGAGGGCUUUCCCGUGCAAACUCCUCAUUCCACAAAAGAGGGCGGAAUAAUGUUUCUGGAAUCCGUAGAUACUGGCUCUGCCAAAAGCGCAUAUAUAGUGCGGCUGUUGAGCUACCUCCCAGGCAAAACAGUGGCCACGAUCCGCACGAGUCCUCCUCUUCUGUAUGAACUUGGGCGGAUGGCAGCCAGGAUGGACAAAACGCUCACGGAGAAAUUCCAGCAUCCGUUGACGAGAAGUCUCCACCGAGGUGGCUUCAUCUGGAAUCUGGCUAAUGUCCCUCUUGUGGAGCAAUACAUCCAUGAGUUGUGCUGCAGCGAUUACAUGGAUGCAGUGAAAUGGGCCAUUGAUCAGUUUAGGCGUAAAAUAGUGCCAAACCUACGCUCCUUUCGGCCCUGUAUCAUUCAUGGAGAUCUCAAUGACCACAAUAUUCUAGUAGAUACCGAUGUUACUUCCCCUAAAGGCUCACAGUACAGGGUGUCUGGUAUUUUGGACUUUAGCGACAUGAGCUAUGGCUACUACGUGUUUGAAGUGGCGAUACUCAUCAUGUACAUGAUGAUUGAAAGCAAGGAUCCCCUCAGCGUGGGAGGCCAUGUUCUCGCCGGAUAUGAAAGCGUCGUCCCGCUGACAGAGGAGGAGCGAGGUGCCCUGUUUCUUCUAGUGACUGGGAGGUUUGCUCAGUCUCUCGUGAUGGCUGCCCACACCACCCUCCUGCAGCCCGAGAACAAAGAGUACCUGAUGACCACGUCCAAGACAGGAUGGAAGCGCCUGCAGGUGCUCUUUGAGAUAGGCCAAAAGGCUGUGGAGAUGAUCUGGUUUAACACAGCAGAAGCGUAUGCCAAAAAAGGGCCCUCCUAAAUGUUGGGUUAGGUGGUCACUCAGAUUCACACGGUUUUAAAAUAGGGCUCUGCCCAGAUUAAAGUUUCAAUACUGCUACCUGAAUGAAUUAUGCCAAUACUUAUUUAUCCUUUGUAUAAUUUCAUCCUGCUUCCAAAAUCUAGUUUUUCAAAGAAUUUUAGUUUGAUUCCAUUGGUCAGAGCCAGCACACAGAGGCCUCCAGGCUUGUUUGCUUUUUUCCUCCUCCCCCCACAACCCCCUUGCCUUUUGUGCCCUUGAUUGUAAGCCUGUAGGCAGGGACCAAAUUUUUACUGUAAGCUGCUUUGGAAGCCUAAUUUCAUCUGAAGAGUAGGAUGAAAAUCACUUUAAAUAAAUAUUUUUGGGAAAGCUUAUUAUUCUAUUGCUGGACCUUUCCUUCAAAUAUCUGAAGGCACUUUGUAGCCCCGAGAGCUCCUGACUAGCCCAAGGUCU